GAGCCCAUGUAUGAAAUGAUUUAAUUAAUUAUUAUGGUACGAGAAUUAGUAAGAUGACAGAUCAAAAGGAUCAUCAAAUUCCUGAAGCAGAGUCACCACCUGAGAGUGAUGACUUGAGCAACAAUUGGUCUCUUGAAUUAUCAGAUUACUUGGCCAUUGAUGAUGAUACUCAAUGGCUUGAUGAUGAGUCAUUUGUUUCUCAGCAUAAUCUUUAUCAUCAAAACUAUGUUUUCCAUCAUCAACCACCCAUUCAAGUUGAAGGAGCUACUUCCAACUUUGAGGGCUCUUCAUCAACAAACAUAAGCAGUGGACAAGAGAAGAAGGAAGCUAGACAUAGAUAUGCAUUCAAAACAAAAUCAGAGGUUGAAGUGUUGGAUGAUGGAUACAAGUGGAGGAAAUAUGGAAAGAAGAUGGUCAAAAAUAGCCCCAAUCCAAGGAAUUAUUAUAGGUGUUCAGUGGAUGGAUGUUCAGUGAAAAAGAGAGUAGAGAGGGAUAGGGAUGAUCCAAUGUAUGUCAUAACAACCUAUGAAGGCAUCCACAUUCACCAUCCUUCUUCAUCUCGCUACUAGCUUUAUAUAUAUAACCCACCCUAUAUGUAAACUUAUUUAUCUUUACUAAGGUCUGUAAAUAAAGAAUAAUAUUAGAGGAAAAUAUUUAUGAUAUUUCUUUUUGUGUUAGUA